GUAACGACUCGACGGCAUUUCGAACAAGCAUGAGGGUGUCAAGCGGCAGACUUCGCUUGGCCUUUGCCACUGGGCUCAGUACAUGCGCGGCAUUUGCAUCCGGCGCCAGCACGCUUGUGGCGCGCAAUUUAGUGUACCAUGUCGAUCCUGGCCAGGACGUUGUCGUCACGUUGAAGGGGUACAGCAUGGCUGGCCGUGCUCUCACAGUAUCGAUUGCAUCGCUACCCGCCGCGGGGUUUCUCUAUCAACUGUCCCAAGUGUACAGCGACUACGGCUACGACCCCAAGAAAACGCCAACCGCUAUUUCGACGACGCCUGCGCUCGUGACAGGCUCCAACGCUCGCGUGGUGUUUUCACGGCCCUUCUCCAACUCACCCCUUGAUUCCAAGUUCGCCCAGUUCACGUACACUGUCAACGACGGGCUCACCACGUCCGCCCCAGGGACCAUUACGAUCUCACAAGGUCCCGCCGUGAUGUCGAGCCAAUUCUACGUGGACACCGAAGGAUGGAGCAUUCGCAAUAACAACAACCAGCAGCCAGUUUAUGAUCCCACGAGCUACGGCAUCAUGAGCUAUUAUAUCUAUGGAACAGAGAGCGUGAUCCAAACUCAGCCCACUUCCAGCGAUGACGCCCAGCUUUGGUACUUUACGGCCCCGUCCAAGUUUCUGGGCAACCAAUGGUCGACCUACGGCGGCACGCUGACGUUUACAUUGUCGGCAUCGGAGGGGGAUUUCGCGGCAUCAAACCGGAAUACACCCGCUUCGACGCCGCUGGUCAUUCUUGAUUGCGCCACGUGCAACCUGAAUGCAGGGGUGCGCCUCGCGUGGCCCCAAACACUGUCGCCUACGUUCACUGGGUCGGCGCAAACGUUUACGAUACCGCUCUCCGAGACGGCGGGGUGGAUCACAGACCCCAAGAACACGUUGCUUCCGUGGACGCCGCCAUCGCAAUGCGCGUUCGUCGAAGUCGUGACCAAGCUCAGCGAGCUCUCCAUCCUGGGAGACUUCACCCGCAGUCACGAAACGGUGGCGCUGGACUCGGUCGUGCUUUCCCACGGCCCAGGCCAGCCUCUAACGUGCUACGGGGCAUUUUGAAUAGCACUUUUGUUUUCACAA